CAAACACACAUUAAUAGUUUUACCUUUUUUCUCUAAAAUUCUCACUUUGAUCCUAUCUUCCCCUUUUUCACUUGGAGGCGAGGUGAGCAAAAUGGGAAGAAAGCCUUGCUGUGACAAGAAAGGUUUAAAGAAAGGUCCAUGGACUCCUGAAGAAGAUGAGAUUCUUGUUGAAUAUAUCAAUAAAAACAGCCAUGGAAACUGGAGAUUACUUCCAAAGAAAGCUGGUUUACUACGCUGUGGAAAGAGUUGUAGAUUGAGAUGGACGAACUAUCUAAGACCAGACAUAAAGAGAGGUCCAUUCACUCCCCAGGAGGAGAAACUCGUUGUCCAACUUCACGCCAUUCUUGGCAACAGGUGGGCUGCUAUAGCAGCACAGCUUCCAGGGAGAACAGAUAACGAGAUCAAGAACUUAUGGAACACUCACUUGAAGAAACGUAUGCUAAGUAUGGGUCUUGAUCCCAAAACCCACGAGCCGUUACCUUCACAUGGGUUAGCCAAACAAGCUUCAGCUUCACAAACAACUCGCCACAUGGCUCAAUGGGAAAGUGCUAGGCUCGAAGCUGAGGCAAGACUCUCUAGAGAGUCAAUACUUUUUAAUCCUUCUUGUGAAGUGAAAUAUGAAUGUGAUCACUUCUUACGCAUAUGGAACUCAGAGAUUGGUGAAUCUUUCAAAAACCUUACUACUACAAGUCAAAGCCCUUGCUCGAGGACAACAUCUUCCUCAUCUGCACUUGUAGGGAAAGAGACUGUUAUGGGGAUUAAUCAUGGCUCUGGCUCUUCUUCUCCAUGUUCGAACAAUGUUCAAGAUGUUUCAUCAGACUCUGCUCUUCAGCUUCUACUUGAUUUCCCAAUAAGUGAUGAUGAUAUGAGCUUCUUGGAAGAGAACAUUGGUAGUAGCUACACAGAGUCACACGUUGGUGUUUCUAUCAAUGGUUUCUAAAUUCUAA